AUGCAGGCUUCACCAUACGUCCUCCGCUACUUGUGGCCUCUGAUAGCUGCAGCGGUCGCGCAAGCAGUGAUAUCACCUAAGGUCCUCAUCGUCGCCUUCUAUGGCGACGAAGGAAAUGCAUGGCUUGAUAAUCCCGAGUUCAACCUCCUUGAACAAAACAUCACAGUCCCAGGCGUGUCCAUGAAGUUCCCCGACGUCCACUGCACGAAGGACGGUUCGAUAUGUCAGCUAGUUGCAGGCGAAGGGGAAAUCAAUGCUGCCAUAAGCACAUUCUCCCUUGUCGUAUCGCCGCUGUUCAAUCUGACCCAGACGUACUUCCUGCUCGCCGGAGACGGAGGCAUCAACCCCAAGGUCACAACCAUCGGAUCUGUUGCCUUUGCUCAGUUCGCCGUUCAGGUGGCGCUGCAAUACGAGAUCGACGCCCGCGAGAAACCCGACGACUUCUCGAGCGGGUACAUCCCUCAGGGCAGCACGACCAUCGACUCGUACCCGCGAUAUCUUUACGGCACCGAGGUGUUCCAGCUCAACGACGCCCUGCGCCAGCGCGCCAUGACCUUCGCACGAGCCGCGACAUUUACAGACUCGCCUGUCGCGCAGGCCUACCGGCAGCAGUACGCCAAUGUGCCCGAGUUCGCACCUGCCCUGGCGCCGCCGGCCGUCGUGGGCUGCGACACCGCGACGUCGGAUAACUGGUGGAGUGGUGCGCUGCUCGGCGACGCGUUCGCGCACUUCACGACGCUGGCCACGAACGGCUCGGCAACGUACUGCACGACGCAGCAGGAGGACAGCGGGGUGCUCGAGGCGCUGCUGCGCGGGCACGUUCUGCGUCGCGUCGACUUCGGCCGCGUGCUGCACAUGCGCACGGGCUCCGACUUCGACCGCCCGGGCCUGGGCGGCUACGAGCCCGCCUUGCGCAACCUGUACCUUGCGGGUGUUAGGGUCGUACAGGGCAUCGUCGCCGAGUGGGAUGCGACCUUCGCGGCGGGCGUGCGGCCGCAAAAUUACAUCGGCGAUGUGUGGGGCUCGCUCGGCGGGGACCCGCCUUUCGGGCCUGGGAGCAUAUUCAAGGGUAAAGGAGCCCUCGCACCGCCAGGCGCCGCAGUGGAUCCUGCACUAUCAUCAGAUGCAUGUACACAUGCUAGAUCCUUGAGCUAUCUUGCGCUUGGGAUCGUUCUGGGCCUAGAAGCUGACGUAGAGACCCUCCAGCAAAUCGGCCAUGACACAGUGCAGAGUAUCGUGGCUCUCGUCGUCGAGGCCAUUAUGUGGACUAUUUACCUUGUUCUCACUUUCAAAGCUGGGAUCAUUCUUUUGAGCCCGAAGCGACGGUCCAGGGCGUCCAUCUGGAUAUUUAUUAUAAUUGUGUCAAUGUUCUUGAUGGACACCGCAAUAUCCAUGAUCGACGUGAAUAAUGCCAUUCGCGAGAUCACGCUCACCCUGACAUCGACGUCGUCGGAGUCACUGGCGGACAGAUACGAGCUGACUGACAACCUGCCUUGGCCCGUUCAAGGAGCGCUCUAUGCAUAUAUGGAAAUGAAGUCGAACCUGGGGGAUGUCAUCAUCAUAUGGCGCACGUGGGUAUUUUGGCGAUAUACUCGAGAGCGAUGGGUGCUCGUCGUGCCCAUCUUGUUCUUGAUUGGCUCUUUGGUGACGUCGGGACUGAUCUCGUUCUGCGUGGCACGAGUGGUCCAAGACCCCGGCGCGUCCGCGGGCGACUUCACGAACCCGCCGUUCUGUAACCAUGUGCAGCUGUCAUCCUACGUAACUACACUGGCGACAACUGCCGUGUCCACUUUGAUGAUUGGCUACAAGACAUGGGAGUACCGUCUUACCAUUGGCGCACAGGUCCACCGGAUGUCGAGCAAGAAGACUCGCGCCGAGCGGAUAACGAUCAUUCUCGUCGAAUCCGGGCUCCUCUAUUUCCUAUUCUUGCUGGAAGCUGUUGUGACAGAUAGUGGUGAUGUCGCUCAACUGGAGGCUUCCACGCCCCAACUGGCAUUUGCGAGUGAGAUAUGGACUUACAUGACGAGCCACAUCCUGGGCAUAUACCCAGUGGUCAUCGUUAUCCUUGUGCACUCGCAUAAGUCCUACAUCGAUGACACAACAACCACUCUCGCGACCGCACCCUCGGGCGCGACCAAUGACAGCAGCCCGACGAGCUCAUGGCCAUUCUGGGGCAGCCUGCCUAAGACCCUCCGUCAUCAGACUCAUGCUGUCGAACUCGACGCACUGAACUCCCCUCCCGAGCAUGCGAUCCGAACGAUAUCGGAACGCACAGCCAGUCCUGCCGAUCUGAGACUGUUCAAAGGGAAUCCUGAGAAGUUUGUUUCAAGUGCCGUAGUCUGA